CCGCAGUGUAGUUUGCAUAAAAAUUGUAUCACAUUCGUCUGGCGACAGGUGAAAUAAUCGAUAGUUGUGUAGAUUUUCCUUACCUACCAGCAGAAAGGAAGGGAUCAGUUGAAAUCACAACACACACGCGCGCUUGUGUGUUGCAUGUUGUGCAGUGUGCAGCCCAGCCGUUGUGCGCUGUGCGGAACAGAAACGCGUCGACAGCCGUUUGACCUUCUGCCUUCUGCGUUUGUUUUCCUUUCGUCUCUGGCGCUUUCGGUGUAAUUAGAUUAUGACCGUGCGUGCGCCAUAAAUGUCUGCAUUGGUUUCCUUAUGUUUGCUGAAGAUUGAACUAGUAGCCGACCGAAGCCGCAGCCAGUCGACGGUCAUGUUGGGCCCGUCGGAAUCCGGAUCCGCCUGCGAUGACGCAGCAACGGGCGGCAGCAUAGUUGGCGAUGAAGCGGCUGGUGCGGUUUCGAACGAGCAUCCCAACAAUCCCCGGCUGCAGCGCGAGAUGAGAGGGCAGCGAAAGCCGAAGAAGAUCACCAUCGAGAGCUAUCGUAAUCGGCUGCUGGAUGGGGGACCGGCGCCGUCGGACGAGUACCGUGGCAUCCUGCCAAAAAGCUCCCGCGAGCAGACACCGAUGGACGAGGUGCCGCCACCGGCGGCCACAGAGAUCCUGGGGGAGAUAAAUUUCUUUUCCGGCAAUCCGUUCGUCGAGGUUACGAAAGGCAUCCUUCAUCUGUUCAAGCGGAACGAACGGGCGGACAUAUCGGAGGGUGGCGUUUCGAAGACACUUUGUCUGAUUGCAGUGCCGUCAUCGCUCAACUGUCACGAUAUUCUCAACUUCAUUGCACCGUGCCAGAAGGAGAUACAGCACGUGCGCAUCUUGCGCGAUGGUUCGCCGAACCAGUUCAUGGUGCUGCUCGAGUUCCGCUGCGUCGAGGGUGCGAUCGAGUUUUUCAAAACGUUCAACGGCGCACCGUACAACAGCCUGGAGCCGGACACAUUGUGCCACGCCGUGUGGGUGUCGAGCGUCGAGUGGGGCCUGGACGAUUGUUGCGUGACACCGCAGGGCCACACCGAGCUACCGUCCUGUCCGGUGUGUCUCGAGCGGAUGGACGAAAGCGUCGACGGUGUGCUGACCAUCCUGUGCAACCACGUGUUCCAUGCCGGGUGUCUGAACAAGUGGGGCGACUCGACCUGCCCGGUGUGCCGCUGCGUGCAGACGCCCGAACUGUCCGAACAGUCCGUGUGCAUGGAGUGCGAGGGUACGGAGGCGCUGUGGAUUUGCCUGAUCUGCGGCCACAUCGGGUGCGGCCGAUAUCAGGGCGGACACGCCGCCUCCCACUAUCGGACAACAAAUCACACGUACGCGCUGCAGCUCGGCACGAACCGGGUGUGGGACUAUGCGGGCGAUAACUUUGUGCACCGCUUGCUGCAGAGCAAAUCGGACGGCAAGCUGGUCGCGACGCAAUCACCCGGCGGGGACGAUGGUGAGGAGAAGAUCGACUCGAUGCAGCUGGAGUUCACCUACCUGCUGACGUCGCAGCUCGACGCGCAGCGGGAUUAUUACGAGGAGCGGCUUUCGCGCCUCGAGUCCAUCAUCUGCGGCGAGCGGCAGAAGCUGCAGGAGGACCACGAGCAGGCGAAACAAAAGACGGCACAGUUGGAGGUGAAGCUGCACGCGCUUACGAAAGAGAAGAACAGUCUGGAACGGAAAGUCUCGCAACUAACGUCAAAAUUAGGCACGGUGCUGGGUGAAUUGGCGGAAGAGAAGCAGUUUGGUAAAACGCUGCAAGCAAAUCAAGUUACCUGGCAAACUAAAUUCACCACCCUGGAGAAACAGUGCACGGAGAAGGAGCAGGAAAUUGUCGAACUCAAGGAGCAGGUACGCGAUCUCAUGUUCUACAUGGAGGCACAGAACACGAUUGCCGGCUCGGAGCUCAAGAGUGAGCUGGUCGACGGGACGGUAGUGCUUCCGGCGGACGCAGUUGCCGCCGCCUCAUCCAUUUCCGCCAGCGGCGCAUUUGCCGCCGGUACUAGCGCUGGCGGAGCAAAGGCAAAACGACGCCAACGGAGGAAGUAAAACCGUGUCCCCGUUCUUCGCUUCACUCCAACUAGCUCUGUUUAGCUGCGCACACGUUUUUUCGACGCCGUAUCACACGUUUCGAUGCACGUUCUAGAUGUAAGGGGGAUGGAAUUUUGGAAUUGUGAUAAAUUUUCAUCGUACUUUUAUUUCCUUUGCCAAACCUUAUCAUAAAAAAUACAGCAGUAAGAUUUGUAGGGAAAGCGCAGAUUAACAGCUUUCGGUGUUCAA